AUGAAUUAACAUGGCGUCAAUGGUUGCUGUUUUGAUCAAGGCCGUGGGAUCUGAAAAAUAUUAUGUAGAACAGAAGCACGGAGACAGAUAAAUAAUAAUCCGAAAUCAACUUUAGAGGUCGAAAGAAAAUUAAUACACGUUCUUCUGUGUUGUUAUGUUCGAAGUCGUUUUUUCUGUUUUUAAAGACUUGCUGCAGUGUGGUAACCAGGGGCCAGUGUUAUUUAUUUCCCGUUUGCUUGCUUAGCCGGACGACCGGGCACAGCGGCUAACGUUAUUUAGCUUAACGGAGCUAACAGCAAAGUCGGCAAAGCAAACAGUCCUCAGGAGGUCAACGUGAAUCCUUCCUAAAUCACAGGGAACACAUUUUAGUUUUAAUGACUUUAGCUGCCCUGCCUCCCUGGUGAUCCUCAGCGUGGUGUUGACUCCACCAGGCACGAAAGGGAUGGAUGAACCCAUGAGUCCAGUAAAAUCAGUCAAACAGUCUCAGCCCAGAGGAGCCAAAGCCGUGUCCAGCGGGAAGUCAAAUAAAGAGGCUCCUGCACAGAGAGAGGGCACAAAGUCUGCACCCCGCAGCAAAGAAAACCUCACAGCUGCAAGAGAUGAGCAUAUAGGCAGCCAGGGAAGCCGCGGGCCAGGCAGGACGUCCACAGAUGCCCCCCAGGACAAGAGGAGAGGACGUACCUCCAGACUGGCUAGGGUGACUGGAAGAACCACUUCUGGGGAGAGUGGCGAAGCAAAAGUAGUAAACUCUCAACAGCAGCUUUUGGCACAGGGUCCUGACUCCAGGACAUCUAUUCCUGCAGUUAGCAGUCACUCAGCAAACAGAGAGACCAGAUCUACUCCUGGUACACCUGAGAAAGGUCUCACAGGGCAGGCCAAAGGCUCCACUGUAGCUCCACCAAAGGAAAGGCCCCAUGGGGUGAAAGCUGCAGCACCGAUGCAUCAGUCUGUUGAAGAGGGCCCAGAGGCCAGGCUUAGUGUGGAAGAAGGACUCCUCACAGAGCAACAGCUGGGCCUCCGACAGGCAGAGGAGCGUCUCUACAGAGAUUACAUCCUCCGCUUGGUGAAACAGUCCCCUGAGUACCCAAACUAUCAGUACGUAUGCAAGCUCUGUUCGGUGCACAUUGAGAACAUUCAAGGAGCGCACAAACACAUCAAGGAGAAGAGACACAAGAAGAACAUAAUGGAGAAACAGGAGGAGAAUGAGCUGCGUGCCCUGCCGCCCCCCUCUGCCCCCCAGCUCAGGGCUUUAGACACGGCUGUCCUGGAAACAGCCAAGCAGCACGGGAUCUCUGAGGAGGACUUUGAGAUUCGAAAGGCAGUGGCCAUGAGGAUGGAGGCGAUCAUACAGAGGCAUCUCUCAGCCUGCUCUCUCCGUCUGUACGGAUCCUGUCUUACCCGAUUUGCCUUCAAGACGAGCGAUAUUAACAUUGAUGUCACCUACCCUUCCUCGAUGACGCAACCAGAGGUCUUGAUUCAAGUGCUAGAAAUUCUCAAGAACAGCUCUGAGUUUUCUGAGGUUGAGUCUGAUUUUCACGCCAAAGUACCUGCUGUGUUCUGUCGGGAUGUGAGCAACGGCCUCAUGUGCAAAGUGAGUGCAGGUAAUGACGUUGCUUGUCUUACCACCAAUCAUCUGGCAGCCCUGGCUAAACUGGAGCCCAGAUUGGUUCCCCUAGUGCUGGCCUUCCGCUACUGGGCAAGGCUGUGUCACAUUGACUGCCAGGCUGAAGGUGGCAUCCCCUCGUACUCCUUUGCCCUCAUGGUCAUUUUCUUUCUGCAGCAGAGGAAAGAGCCCAUCCUCCCCGUCUACCUGGGCCACUGGAUUGAAGGCUUUGAUGUGAAACACGUGGAUGAGUAUCACCUAACCGGAAUCAUGUUGGACAUGUUUGUCCGAUGGGAGCACAGACCUUUGAGUUCUGCAGAGGGAAGAGGGGAGAACCGAAAUGAGGCCAGAGGAGAAAGCAGACCCAAACCAGAGCAGAACAAACGUGAUGACACUCGUUAUUCAGAGGGGAUGACGCCCCUGACCUUGGACCAGUGUAAAGAUGUGUCGCUGGGUCAGCUGUGGCUGGAGCUUUUACGUUUCUACACACUGGAGUUUGGUCUUGAAGAAUACAUCAUCAGCAUCCGCUUAAAGGAGCUCCUCUCUAGGGAAGUGAAGAACUGGCCUCGUCGCAGACUUGCUAUUGAAGAUCCUUUUGCCUUGAAGAGGAAUGUUGCACGAAGCUUGAACAGCCAAAUGGUGUUUGAGUACAUCCAGGAGCGCUUCCGUACAGCUUACAAAUACUUUGCCUGCCUGCAGAGACGGGGUAUGGAUGGGCAUCAGAGAAACAAGAAAGCAGGCAAGCUAGGCACAAAAUUGGGAGGGACUGAGAAGAAGGAGGCUACAUUUGUGAACAAGGAAGAAGAAGACGAAAGAAAAGGUGAACCAAGUCAGAGUGCCCAGAGGGGGAACCAGGGGUCCAAGGAGGAUGAGAAGCCUGAGAGCGACGACGAAGAUGCUUCAGACCUGUCCAGAAAGAAGGAUAAGAAGACUUUAGACACCAGGCUCAUAGACAUGGUUCUCAGUGAGGGAAACAACGUGUCCUUCUCCCCCAACGGCCUGCUGGACAGUGACAUGGAGGAGGAGGAUGAGGAGGGCAACAUCGUGCCAGAGAAAGAUGGGCCUGUUGUAUCAGGCGAUCUGCACUAUGUGUUCGAUAAGAUGAUUUUCACUGGUGGGAAGCCUCCGACUGUUGUGUGCAGCAUCUGCAAACGAGAUGGUCACCUGAAGGACGAGUGUCCUGAAGACUUUAAGAAGAUUGAGCUGAAGCCUCUGCCUCCUAUGACUGAUCAUUUCAGAGAUAUUCUCGAUGGGCUCUGCAAACUGUGCUACUAUGAAUUGUCACCAACACAUGCUGAGCAGCAGAAGAGGGAGCAGAUCCUCGCUAGCCUGGAGAGGUUUAUUAGGAAGGAGUACAAUGAUAAAGCUCAGCUCUGCUUGUUUGGCUCCUCCAAAAAUGGUUUUGGCUUCCGUGACAGUGACCUUGACAUCUGCAUGACUCUGGAGGGUCAUGAGACUACAGAGAAGCUGAACUGCAAAGAGAUCAUUGAAGGCCUUGCGAAAGUGCUAAAGAAGCAUGCAGGUCUGAGGAACAUCUUGCCUAUUACAACAGCUAAAGUGCCUAUUGUGAAGUUUGAACACAAACAGAGUGGCUUAGAGGGAGAUAUUAGCCUCUAUAACACCCUGGCCCAACACAACACCAGAAUGCUUGCUACAUAUGCAGCCCUGGAUCCACGUGUGCAAUAUCUGGGAUACACAAUGAAGGUCUUUGCAAAGCGCUGUGACAUUGGAGAUGCAUCCAGAGGAAGCCUCUCAUCUUAUGCUUACAUCCUGAUGGUGCUUUACUUCCUGCAGCAGAGGCAGCCACCAGUCAUUCCUGUUCUCCAGGAGAUCUUUGAUGGGAAGAUUGCUCCCCAGCGCAUGGUAGAUGGCUGGAACGCUUUCUUCUUUGAUGACCUUGAGGAUCUGCCUCGGCAUGUCUCAGAUCUGCAGCCAAACACAGAGUCUGUGGGAGAGCUGUGGCUGGGGCUCCUGCGUUUUUACACUGAAGAAUUUGACUUCAAAGAACAUGUCAUCAGCAUCCGCCAAAGGAAACGCCUAACCACCUUUGAGAAACAGUGGACCAGCAAAUGCAUCGCUAUUGAAGAUCCUUUUGAUUUAAAUCAUAAUCUUGGUGCUGGAGUUUCUCGCAAAAUGACAAACUUCAUCAUGAAGGCCUUUAUUAACGGGAGAAAGUUGUUUGGAACUCCUUUCUACCCCAUCCUCGGCACUGAAGUGGACUACUUCUUUGACUCAAAGGUGCUGACAGACGGCGAGUUGGCGCCCAAUGACAGAUGCUGCAGGAUCUGUGGAAAGAUUGGACAUUACAUGAAGGACUGUCCAAAGAGGCGCAGGAUGAAGAAGAAGGAAAACGACAAAGAUGAGGAUAUAAAAGAGGAGGAGAGGGAGCAGAAGGACAGGCGUUGUUUUCAGUGCGGGGACAUGGGCCACGUACGAAGGGACUGUCCUGAGUACCGGCACCUCAAACAGAGGGCUACCGGAGCACAAGCUCCUCACUUGGUGCGGACUGUGGUGAGCUCCCAGUCCAUCCCCAUUCUUCAGGCAGCUGCAGACUGUCCUAGAAGGACCAGACAGCCCUCUGAAUGUUCCGACAGUCGGCAGACUCCGCCAUACUCCCCGCAGCCCGUUGCUGUCCCUCAGAGUUCCACCCAGUCCUCCAGUUCCCCUCAGCCAUCCCACAGCAAGACCAGUUCAGCUGGUCCCCUGAAGCAGCCUGCCCACCCCCAGGUUCCUCUUCCUCUCUUUAGCUUCCCUACACAUCACCCAGUCCACAUCCCUUCCACUUCCUGGCCCAUCCAUGGACCUGUCCUCACUACGUCCUCUCCCACCGCCCCCUCCCCGCCGGGCCCAAAAUUCACCCUGCGUUUGGCAUCAGGGAAUGGCAGUCCCACAGGCUCAGGGGGCAACUCCAGCCCCAUGAACCUGAGUGACCCCAGCAUCAUCUUCGCCCAGCCAGCGGGGAGACAGCUGGGCAUUGGCGGGCCUGGACGGGAGGGACACUGGCACAACCACAUGGCACAGCCUGGGUCAAUCAUGGGCAAUGGCACGGUGGUGAAGUCAGACUCUGCUCACCCAGCCCAGUUUGUAGGUGUGAGCCAAGGCUCUCGGUUAUGGGAGCACAGUAACCCCCCCCAGUACACCCUGUCUCCAUCUUGGCCUUAUCGGAUGCCCCAGAACUUCAUCCAGCAGAGCAAUGGAGGCUACCAGCCUGCCAAACCCUUCAUGGCCCAAGGCUCUGUGGUUCAUCCGAAUCCAAACUUCCCACUGGUCCCACAUGUCCAACAUCAAGUCAAUCUGAAUUUCAUCAAACAGAAGAAGUGAGCAUUCAUCUCUUUUUAAUUAGGUUUAUGGUCAGUAACAUAACAAAAGAGAAUUAUGUACUCUUUGCGUUAUUUGGUCACAACAAAAAAUUUAAAUGAAUUUUAUCAUUUUUGUACAGUUUUUAUGUUUUAUUUUUUGUCACAUUACAUUGAUUUGUGAUACAAAUGUCAAAUAUUUUAAUAGCCCCAUUUUUGAGGGGGUUCAAAAAAGUGUUUUUAUUUUAUGUGUAAAGCAAGGAUGAAAAAUGUAAACCUUUAUUUUUAUUAGCUGUAUUCAUACUUUGCUUGCAACAAGAUGAAGGCUUUGAAUAGAUAAUUGUUUUAAAAACAAUCUAACAUGUAACCGUAUGUAUGUAGUGCCAAAAGCAGGGAGAGCAAGAAAAAAGGGAAAAAAUAUAAAAUAUAAAAAAAGCACCAAAAAAUAAAGAAAAAAGCAAACAA